ACACCUCAAGAGAAUAGAUACCAGCAAAGUUAUUCUUAAAUGAACUUCUGUAUAUUGCAAGCUGUUUUUUAUAGACUGUCAUCUUAAAAUCUAAUUGAAGGCAAAUAUGGAAGUCUUUUUACCAUUAAUGCUACAGAGAUUCACUUAUUUAACAUUAAAUAAAUAUUGCUUGACUUCCUUCCAUGUUCCAGGUAUAGUUCCAGGUGCUGAGGAUCUAGCAGUGAACAAGACAGACAAUGACCCUGCUCAUAGCCGGCACACGUUCUAGCAAGGGUUGCAGUAGAGAUACAGAUGACACAUAACUAAGUACACAGCCUGUAGCGAUGGCAGCCAAUUUUCUGAUUCUUUUUCCUUUACCAUUGCUUCAAGGCCAUAUCUGCAAUCUCAACACAACACAACACAACACAACCUGUAGUGUUGGGUUGAAUUUAGUCUCAAGGUGCUGCCUUCAUCUAGGAAGAGGUAUUUAAGGGCCCAGGAAGAUGAGGCUAGGAAGGAGAUGGUAGACUUCAGAUGUUUUAGGAGUCCCAGUAUAUAAGAUUUGACACCCUGUGGAGAAUAGAAAAAGUCAAGAACAGCUCCUAGGUUUAAGCUUGGAUGACUGAGUUAUUGAUAACUAGUUCAAAAGUCCCGGGAUGAGAGGUAGGUUUAGAAGUGUGGAUAAUGAAUUUGACUUGGGGCAGUGAAAAAUACAAAACUGGAAAUUAGAAGAGAAGUCAGAACUGAAAUACAAAUUUGGCUGUUAUCACCAUUUCAUGUAAAUUUUAAAAGGAGAAGGAGCAAGAAGAGUUGUCACUAUAGCCAGAUACAGCAGGAUGAGGGUUUUUUAAAAGGCCAUUGGAUUUGACAGCUGAAAAAUCACUGAUGACUUCAAGAAGACCAGUUUCAGUAGAUGUGGGUGGGGACAGAGCCACAUCAUGGCUGGUUUAAAGAAUGAAGGGCUAUGAUUGUCUAGCCAAGGUCAUUUUGCUCUUCCUCCUAGGAAACAUUGAAACUGAGGUCAGAGCCUCUCUUUCUCCCUCCCUCCUUAGCUUUCUCCACACAGGGCCCACAACUGGAUGCCUGAGCUAGGGGCAUGAUGGAGGGACAAAUUAAUUGGGUCUCUGGUGGGAUAAGGGCCCAAGGAUAAAGGAGCCUGAUGUUGGUGAGUCAUAUAUUGCAGGGAGCAUCCUCAGUGGGGGACAGUGGGUCAGGCCAGUUCAGAGACCUGUCUCUAGAGUGGUAAAGAGAAGACACACACCUAGAUCUCUGUUGGUUGAGGAAACUCUGGACCAAGAAGCUGGGUUAGAAUGGGAAACAAAAGGACCUUCAAGGCUGGGGGAAGAAACAUGGAAUUAGUUACAAAGUUCUGCCCCAGUGAGGGAGUGGAAUCUGGCAGUUUGGGGGUGGGGUCAGGGGGUAGAAUCUGAGGUAGUAAACUGAUGUUAACUAGAAACUCAAGCAGGGAUGCCUAGGUUUCUUAGGGCACAGGGACUGGGGAUGUGCAAAGAGGAACUGUUGGCAGUACUUGUGACCAUAAAGAUAGUAGUGAGGGGGCAGUUUAUGAAUUGAGGGGUCGUCCCAGCAAUAUCUGGCAUAUAGAUAUUUAAUAAUUAUUUGUGAAGACAAGAGGUUAGGUAGUUCCUGGGGAUCAGGGGUCCUGAGUUUCUGAACAGGCAUAAGAAAAUACCUGGGUUCUAUUCAGGCAGGGGAUGGAGGCAGUGAGUAAGGGACUCCAGACAGCUUGGAGAUGCAAAUCCCAAAAGGGAGCUUUGUACCUCUAUGGGAGUUGGAAGCAAAGGUCAGGGUAGGGGGCUCACUCCCUUAACCCUAGGACCCAGGAGUUCCUAUGGAUCUACCAGAUUUCCCCGCCUACGCACAGGCACCCUUGGCUUGUAACGCCUUCUCCGCCCACUGGGGGGCGGGGCUUGAGGGGGCCGGUGGAUGUUCUAAAGCCUCGAGGGCCAUCAGUUCCUAUCAGAGCCGCUGGCUGCGGGUGCCAUUCCACCCAUGGCCGGACACAGGCCCUCAAACCACUUCUGCCCCCUUCCAGGCAGUGGUGGGGGCGGCCCCAGAGGGCCGAUGCCCCUGCGGGUUGACACUCUGACCUGGUUGAGCACCCAGGCGGCCCCUGGCAGGGUGAUGGUCUGGCCGGCAGUCAGGCCAGGGGUCUGCCCAGCCCCUGAGGUGUGGAGGAUUCCCCUGGGUCCCCUGCCACACGAAUUCCGGGGCUGGAUAGCACCCUGCAGGCCCCGUCUUGGAGCUAGUGAGGCAGGGGACUGGUUGCGACGCCCCUCCGAAGGCGCCCUCCCGGGGCCCUACAUUGCCCUGCGGAGCAUCCCGAAGUUGCCGCCGCCAGAGGACAUCUCGGGCAUACUGAAAGAGUUGCAGCAAUUGGCCAAGGAAUUGAGGCAGAAGAGGUUGAGCCUAGGGUACUCGCAGGCCGAGGUGGGGAUCGCUGUGGGAGCUCUAUUUGGGAAGGUGCUUAGCCAGACGACUAUCUGCCGCUUCGAGGCCCAGCAGCUAAGCGUCGCCAACAUGUGGAAGCUGCGACCACUGCUGAAAAAGUGGCUGGAGGAAGUGGAAGCAGAGAACCUUCUGGGCUUAUGCAAAAUGGAGAUGAUCCUGCAACAGUCUGGGAAGUGGAGACGGGCAAGCAGAGAGCGACGAAUCGGAAACAGCCUGGAGAAAUUCUUCCAGCGGUGCCCUAAGCCCACACCCCAGCAAAUCAGCCACAUUGCUGGGUGCCUCCAGCUGCAGAAGGAUGUGGUUCGAGUUUGGUUCUAUAACCGCAGCAAGAUGGGCAGUCGACCAACCAAUGAUGCUUCCCCACGGGAGAUUGUGGGGACAGCCGGGCCUCCUUGCCCAGGAGCACCAGUGUGCUUUCACCUGGGACUGGGGCUCCCAGUGGAUAUCCCCCACUAUACACGUCUCUACUCUGCAGGGGUAGCCCACUCCUCUGCCCCAGCCACCACUCUGGGCCUCCUCAGAUUUUAGGGCUGAGGGGCUUGCCCUUCACGGCACGGUUGGAGAGGGGAGAAGAAGGGAAAACCCAGGAAAUGUCCCUGGGGUUCAUUUGAGGGCUUUUAGUAUUAAUUUCUCAUUCACUGUCUAAAGAAGUUAAGGAUACAUAGUAGGGAAUGGGGGUGGGAAUUGUUCAAGAAAAACCUGGGAGAGAAGAUGAAGUUUAUUGCAGUUUUGUGUUUUCCCUUUGUUUUUCCCUAGCAUUGGUUUAAAGGUACAUUACAGUAUAUAGAUGGUUUCGAUA